GCUGGAAUUCGGUCCCGAGCUGAUGUCUUUGGCAGGCCGUCGUGUGGGUUAGCGGCGGUGGCUUUUCUCCCGGAGCUGUAAUGAAACUCCUGUCACGCUACAAGCACAUCAUGCGUUUCAGUGCAGUGAGCAAUGUAGUGCGCAACUAGCGCUGUGGGUCAAAUUUCUGACCGCUGUCCCCUCGUUGGUUUUGGUUAUGAAUUUUUCAAUUGUAGCCGCCAUAGCUAGCAAACUGGAACAUGGCCCAGCGUCAAGCAGUGACGCACAAGCUGUGGCCUGAAAUAGGGAUGUCCGAUGCACACAGAAGGGAAGGAGGAUGGUGGGGGGACAGCAAUUUGUGGUGACCAGUGUUUUCUUUCCUCCUGCUUGGGCUCUAACAAGCGAUGCCAUCCGACGCCCGCUCCCGCUAAUUGGCAUUUGCGUUUGGUUGGCUGCGUGGCACCAGAGUGGUGGUGGCGGGCCGAUGCCAGGUCGCCACCGCCACCGUCGUUGUCACCGCCAGAGCCGUUUCUUUUGUCGCGCCGUGGCGCAGCAAGAGGGCAUCUUAGUGACCGAGGGACUCCAACGCGGAUGGGAAACAGCCGUGGAGAAUCGCAUGUCACUUCCCAUCACCCGCUCGGCUUGCUGCGCUCUCGGGUCGCAGGCUGCCCAUGAGGUUCCGUCCACGCAUUCUAACUGGGCUUGGCCCAGGGCCCACUGAUUAGUGGACAUUGUAAAGCAAUCGGGCCGACGAAAGCUUCGAGAAUCCCUUUUUCCCCCCUUUAGUCCUUCAUUCGUAAACUGUCCCCUUUUUUCGCGAUACGGACUCGGAUAGUGUACAUAAAAACGGAGGCCAGUGUACAUGAAAUAGGUUUCUUGUUUUUGGUUUAAUAAUGAGGCUCUUUCUUGUCUUUUUUUCUUAUUGUAAGAUAAAGGAAUCAAAAAAUUAAUUUGUUUUGUUUUGACGGAGAGUCAUACACUUUUGUCUCUGCCACACAAUGCUUGUAACGAUUGGUUAAUUGGUUCAACUCGGGCCGGCUUCCACUGCGCUCUCACAGCCCCUCUCUACGCUCACUUCCCCCUUCUCCCUUUCCUUUGAGGAAGCCCCCUCAUGCAUAUUCAACAGGCCUGCUUAAUAUUCAUGAGUGGGAGUAUAUAAGCCGUGCAGCGUGGCUGGCCCGGGCAGCUAGAGUGGAACAGAGACGCUCGUCUGAGGGAGGAGGAAAGUGAGUGAGAAGGGGACAGGCUGACCAUCGUGGGAGCACACACACACGCACACAUGCACACACACACACACACAUACACACACACACACACACUCUCAACCGCUCCUGCUGGAGUGUGCCAGGCUUCAGGCUCCAAGUAAAUCCUCCUCCUCCCCCCCCUGGAAGAUAAACCCAUUUGCUCAGGCAGAGCAGUGGGGAGUGCAGAGGAGUGGACAAGAGUGGAACGGGCUCAGGAGCGGACACAUGUGAGCCAGCUCAGAGUGGACACAGACAACCCCUCUCUCUCUCUCCCUCUCUCUCUCUCUCUCUCCCUCUCUCUCUCCCUCUCUACCUCUGUGGUUCCCUCCUUCUCUCCAUCACUCUUGACUGCCUUGCCUGAGGGAAGGACUGGAUGCUGAGGGUUUGGUCACCAUGGGAUGCAGCCUCUGUACCCUCCAGAAGCCUGAGGAGCAAUACAAACUACUCUAUGAAGUCUGUCAGGUGAACGGUAAGGACCUGUCCAAGGCGACGCACGAGCAGGCGGUGGAGGCCUUCCGGAACGCCAAGGAGCCCAUCAUGGUGCAGGUGCUGCGGCGGGCCCCUCGGCCCAAGCCGGCUGGCCCCGUGGGGGACAUGCAGGUGGUGGACAUGGCCACGCAGACGGAGAUCACCUUCCAGCACAUCAUGGCCCUCAGCAAGCUGCCCACUGCCGCCAGCCCACCACCCGUUACCGUGCUCGAGCAGUACCUGCUGCCUGAAGAACACUCUCCUGCACAUGAGUACUUUGACCCUGCGGACUUCCUGGAGGGCAUGCAGCAAGAGAUCGAGCGUGAGGAGCUGGAGUAUGAGGAAGUGGAUUUAUACCGGUCGAACAUUCAGGAUAAGCUGGGUCUGACCGUGUGCUACAGAACCGACGACGAGGACGAGACCGGGAUCUACGUCAGUGAAAUUGAUCCAAACAGCAUAGCAGCAAAGGAUGGAAGAAUCCGAGAAGGCGACAGGAUCAUCCAGAUCAAUGGCAUCGAGAUCCAGAAUCGUGAGGACGCAGUGGCCCUGCUCACCAGCGAGGAGAACAAGAACGUCUGUCUGCUCGUGGCACGACCAGAGAUCCAGCUGGAUGAAGGCUGGAUGGAUGAUGACCGAAACGACUUCCUGGAUGACCUGCACAUGGACAUGCUGGAGCAGCAGCAUCACCAGGCCAUGCAGUUCACUGCCAGCAUGCUCCAGCAGAAGAAGCAUGAGGAGGACGGCGGCACCACCGACACGGCCACUCUGCUCUCGCAGCGGCACGAGAAGGACAGCGGCGUGGGCCGCACGGAUGAGAGCACGCGCAACGACGAGAGCUCGGAGCAGGAGAACCUGGGCGACGAGCACGCCCCGUGCGGCCCCUUCUCGGCCAGCACCACGCUGGGCAGCGGCAGCGGGCGCCGGCGGCUGGCCUACAGCCAGGACACGCUGGGCAGCGGAGACCUGCCCUUCAGCAGCGAGUCGCUCAUCAGCGAGUCCGACUUCCUGGGCAUCCCGGCGGACGAGUGCGAGCGCUUCCGCGAGCUGCUGGAGCUCAAGUGUCAGGUGCGCAGCGCGGCCGGCGGGGGCAGUGGCGGCGCCCUCUACUGCCCGGGCAUGGCGGCCGCGGCAGCGUCAGCGGGCGGCGGUGUAGUCGGAGGCGAGGAGGGGGUGGACAAAGAGCUGGAGCUGCUGAACGAGGAGCUGCGCACCAUCGAGCUGGAGUGCCUGAGCAUCGUGCGCGCGCACAAGGUGCAGCAGCUGCGCGAGCAGUACCGCGAGUCGUGGAUGCUGCACAACAGCGGCUUCCGCAACUACAACACCAGCGUGGACGCGGCGCGGCGCCACGAGCUGACCGACAUCACCGAGCUGCCCGAGAAGUCGGACAAGGACAGCUCGAGCGCCUACAACACAGGCGAGAGCUGCCGGAGCACGCCGCUCACGCUCGAGCUCUCGCCGGACAACUCGCUGCGGCGCGCCAGCGACGGUCUGCCUGAGGGGGUGGCCGCCAACCCGGGGAAGGUCCUCAAGCCCCUGCUGUCGCCCGUCCAGGAGGUGUGCGGAGGAGGAGGGUCCAGUGGACGCGGCCGAGUCACGUCGUCUUCGUCCUCGUCCUCGUCCAAGGACCCGGAGAGCGUGACGCAGGCUGAGGGUCAGCGUAAGGCGGACGCAGCGGCCGCCACCGCUGGGGGAAAGUCCGGCCGAGGGUCGUCCCUCCUCCAGGGCCACUCGCCCUACAAGCACGCCCACAUCCCCGCACACGCUCAGCACUACCAGAGCUACAUGCAGCUCAUCCAGCAGAAGUCGGCCGUGGAGUACGCCCAGAGCCAGAUGAGCCUGGUCAGCAUGUGCCGCGACCCGCUGUCCCCCACCUCGUCCAGGGCCGGCGGCCCCGGUGGUGGCAGCGGCGGCUCGGAGCUGGGCCCCAAGAUGGAGUGGAAGGUGAAGAUCCGCAGCGACGGCACGCGCUACAUCACCAAGCGGCCGGUGCGCGACCGGCUGCUGAAGGAGCGGGCGCUGCGCAUCCGCGAGGAGCGCAGCGGGAUGACCACGGACGACGACGCGGCCAGCGAGCUCAAGAUGGGCCGCUACUGGAGCAAGGAGGAGCGCAAGCAGCACGCCGUGCGCGCACGCGAGCACCGCCAGCGGCGGGAGUUCAUGAAGCAGAGCCGCAUGGACUGCCUCAAGGACGGGCAGGGCGGCGGGUGCGGAGGGGACGGCAGCCCGGGCACAGGGUCCGGCUCGGGGCCGGACGAGCCACAUAAGGAGCUCAACAUCAUCGAACUGAGCCACAAGAAGAUGAUGAAGAAGCGCAACAAGAAGAUCUUCGACAACUGGAUGACCAUCCAGGAGCUGCUGACGCACGGCACGCGCUCGCCCGACGGCGCACGCGUCUACAACUCCCUGCUCUCCGUCACCACCGUCUAGACUGGGAGCGGAGCGGAGCGGUCCGCACAGGCCCACGGAGCUGUACAUAAGACACUACCGAUUGGGGUAGAGAUUCCUGCCUCGUUCAAUGUGGCAACAUUUGUAAAUAUGAUACUAAAGAGAGUGAGAGAGAGUGCAAGACAGAGAGGGAGAGAUUGAGAGAGAGAGAGAUGUAGAUAGAGAGAGAGGUGGUUAAAGUCAUGUCAGGUGAAACUAUGGACUAUAGAUUGGUGAGAGUGGGUGCUGAGGCCAAUAGCUGCCUUAUGGUUGGACUUUGGAACGAGGGGAUUUAUUCAAAAGUUUAAAAUAUGAAAAGACAGUUUUCUCGAAUGCUCUCUAUAACUUUCUUCCUUUUUGUGCUUGCUGUUUUACACAAUGAAAAAAAUGCAUUUUAAAUUUGAACUUUGUCAUUUGGGUUUUUAAAGGCUUUGGAACUGUUAAAAGACUGUGUGCCAGAGAUAAAUAACUGCCAACAUUUAGCAUUUUCUGUUUUUGAUUUUUUUUUUUAAACAAGUAACUAUUAUCAGUAUUUUACUGUGUAUGCAUAUGUUUUGCAUAUUAAAAGGAAAUACAAAAAUAUUUAGCUUCAUGGUGAACACAGAAUUUUUAUGAAAAAAGUGUGGUUUUUAGUUGAAAGUGAACACUUUUACUGAAGAAACAACAAAUCCUCCACACAAGGUGCUGACGUUUGACUCUUGAGUUCCUGACUGCCAUACACAAUGUUGUUCAUUGUCUUUCAAAACAACCAAUGUGAGACCGUUAUGUAUCUGUGGCUGGAGGACAAGAAGUCGCCUGUUUGUUGACUAAAUCGAAACCUCUCUGUUUGUCGUUGUUAAAGUCCAUUGUAGUCCACAAGCCUUUGUAGGAAUCUAUGUAUCUGGCAAAGAAUAACACAAAGCUUAACAACUCUAGUUAGAAACAUUGAUGUCUUGUACAAUGAGAGAAAUAAUAAAUUAUUGUUUUAUAUUUGAUGAGCUUUCAAAAA